CGCUUGCCAAGAUGAGCAUCACGCUAAAUCCGCGCGAAUCUGGCGAACACAUUGUGCGCCAUGCAAAAUAUUUAAAAGUGCUGCCAGCAGGCAUCGAACGCCUGGUCGAGGAAAUUGUGAGUGGUGUAAUUGCCAAGCGCAUCGAUGUGGAGAAUUUCUCGCAACACGAAUUGCAUCCGAGGAAGGAAGAUUUGCACGCAGCCAACUGGAUUUUCAUAGUGGAUACACUGAACUUUUGCUUCUGGACACCAACAAACUACACCAAAUACAAGGUAAAUGGCUACACCGGCUAUUUUGCGCUGUGUGCUGCGAUAAAUCGAGCCAUAGCCGAUGGAUUGGACAUGACGAAUCCCGAAUUCUACUCCAAACUGGACCUGGACACGUUGUCGCACAUAUUCCGGGCGGAUGAUGCUGCCACAAAGAUGCCGCUGCUCGAACAGCGCUUGGAGUGCCUGCAUCAGGUGGGAGAGCGUCUGCUGGCCAAAUGGAAUGGCCAGUUUGAGAAUGUGGUCAAAGCAGCCAAGCAUUCGGCUGUGGAGUUGCUGCAGCUGGUUGUGGCCGAGUUUCCCUGUUACCGGGAUGAGGCUGAGUUUGCUGGCGAGCGUGUCGCAAUUUGGAAGCGUGUCCAAAUUCUUGUGGGUGAUUUGUGGUCCUGCUAUCGUGGCGAAGGACUCGGUCACUUCAGUGACAUCGAGAAGGUGACCAUGUUUGCGGAUUACCGCGUACCCCAAGUCCUGGUGCACUUUGGCAGCUUGGAGUACAGCUCCGAGUUGAUGGAGCUGCUCAAGCAGGACACCAUUCUACAAAAUGGCGAUGCCAGGGAGGUGGAAAUACGUGGCGCCUCCAUUUACAUCAUCGAGCAGGUCAAGGAUCGCGUGCUGGAGAUACUCAAGCAGAAGCAUCCCGAUGUCGAUGCUCGUAAUGUCAAUUCCAUACUCAUCGAUCAGUAUCUCUGGGAUUAUAGACGGGAACAUGCCACCGAAUUGGAGUACAUUCCAUUCCACAAAGUGCUCAGCAUUUACUAUUAAAUAUCUUGACUUGAUUAUAACGAAAUAAACAGAUUUAUUGUCCACUA